UUUAUUUUUUUUGUAUGUUCUUCAAGGUUCUUGUUUUUUCUCUCUCAAAGUUUUUGAUUUGCAUUUUUUUUUUUUUGGGUGUUUCUAGUUCUUGUUUUUUGGGGUUGGAUAUUUUGUCCACAAAAUGAAGGAAAGUGUAGGAAAUCCUCUGCAUCUAAAGUCUGUGAACCACAUCUCUCUUAUCUGCAAAUCAGUGGAAGAAUCUAUGAACUUCUACCAGAACGUUCUUGGAUUUUUUCCCAUCAGGAGGCCAGGAUCAUUUGAUUUUGAUGGGGCAUGGCUAUUUGGCUACGGGAUUGGAAUUCACUUGCUGCAAGCAGAGGAACCAGAGAACGUUCCAAGGAAGACGGAAAUUAAUCCAAAGGAUAAUCACAUAUCAUUCCAGUGUGAAAGCAUGGGAGCAGUGGAGAAGAAGCUGAAGGAAAUGGAGAUUGGUUAUGUGCGUGCAAUGGUAGAGGAAGGUGGGAUCCAAGUAGAUCAGUUGUUUUUUCAUGACCCUGAUGGCUUUAUGAUUGAGAUUUGCAAUUGUGAUAGCCUCCCUGUGGUUCCCUUAGGAGGUGAGAUGGUUAGAUCAUGCUCUCUAGUGAACCUUCAGAUGAUGCAGCACCAACAGCAGAUACAACAUGUGUGAAGCCUUUGGGGUGGUGCAUGUGGAAAAGGAACUCCUCCUUUUAGUUGUGCACUUGUCAAUGCACCAUGCUCUUCUUAUGUCUACAUUCUCUUUAAAAUAAUAAACAAUUUGACAGUUGUUCCCGAUAAUAA